UUUAAGAAAUUAUCCUGAAUGCUAAUUGAUGUCAUGCUGUUUGAAUGCUUUAUUUUCUAGAAUAAAUAUGGCAGAGCUUUCUGAGCCAGAAGGACCAGUAGAUUGGAAAGAACGAUGCGUUGCUCUGGAGUCCCAGCUCAUGAAGUUUAGAGUCCAAGCAAGCAAGAUAAGAGAGCUCUUAGCAGAGAAGAUGCAGCAGCUUGAGAGACAAGUUAUUGAUGCUGAACGUCAAGCAGAAAAAGCUUUUCAACAGGUACAAGUUAUGGAAGAGAAAUUAAAAGCAGCUAAUAUUCAAACCAGUGAAUCAGAGACUAGGUUGUAUAAAAAGUGCCAAGAUCUGGAGACCCUAAUACAGGAAAAAGAUGACAUCAUUCAUGAUUUGGAGCUGCAGCUUGAAGAGCAGAAACAAAUAAGAAUACAAGAAGCUAAAAUAAUAGAAGAAAAAGCAGCUAAGAUCAAAGAAUGGGUAACAGUUAAGUUAAAUGAGCUGGAAUUGGAGAAUCAGAAUCUUCGUUUGAUCAACCAAAACCAAACUGAAGAAAUAAGAACAAUACAGGCAAAACUACAAGAAGUUCAAGGGAGGAAGUCAUCGACUGUCUCCACACCAAAGCUUUCGGAAGGCCAGCGCCUAAGCAGUUUGACCUUUGGGUGCUUUUCAUCCCGAGCAAGGAGUCCGCCUCAAGUAAUAAAAUCUGAGGAAGUGAGCAAGCUGUCAUCUAAGGAGCCUGAGUUCACUGAAGGAAAAGACAUAGAAGAAAUGGAAAUUCCUGAAAAGUCUGUCGAUAAACAAGUUCAAGAAGACAACAGAGGUCAGAGAACAUUGCAUCAAAUCUCUUGUGGCUCAGAACAGAAUCAGAAAGCAAGAACAAGCUUUGCAACAGAUGGUGGCAUGUCCCAGAAUUCCGGGGCUCCAGUGAGUGACUGGAGUUCUGAUGAGGAAGAGGGAAGCAAAGAAAGAUCCAAGUCGAGGUGCACAUCCACCCUUUCCAGUCACACGUCAGAGGAAGGGGUCCAGUGUAGCAGGAUGGGAAGUGAAACGUGUCUGACGGCCUCUGACGACAGCAGUUCUGUAUUUGAAGAAGAGACUUUUGGCAUAAAGAUACCAGAACACAAGAAGCUGUAUUCUUGGCAACAGGAAGCACAAUGGAAGGCUCAGAAUAAUCCCCUCGGAAAGGGUAAUUCUCAGUCAAGUAAAAAGGAGCAAGGUAGUUCCUCAGAUGAACUGAAUAGGAAAUUUCAGUCUCAGAGACUGGAUUAUUCCUCUUCAUCGAGUGAGGCCAACACCCCAAGCCCUAUUUUGACUCCAGCCUUGACUCCAAAGCAUCCUAAUUUAUUACCUGGAAAAGGAACACAAUUAAUGCCUUCAUCAAACCUGCCACCAAAGUUAAGGAUUCCUAAUGUUUUCAGUAUCAGUGCAGCACUAGCCAAAAGGCACUUAAGCCAGCCACAGUUAAGUUCGGAUAGGAUGUUUGGUACAAACAGAAAUGCUAUAAGCAUGAUACGACCACUGAGACCUCAGGAAACGGAUCUUGAUCUAGUUGAUGGUGACAGUACAGAAGUUUUAGAGAACAUGGACACUAGUUGUGAUGAUGGAUUAUUUUCCUGUGACUCCCUGGAAUCCCCAUGUUCAGACGACCAGGAGACCUGUGACUUGGCAAAGAAGGCAGCGUGCAGCAAGCCUCCAACACCUCCCCUGCACCGGUUUCCCUCUUGGGAAAGCAGAAUUUAUGCUGUAGCCAAAUCAGGUAUUCGAAUGUCUGAGGCCUUCAAUAUGGAGAAUGCUAAUAAAAAUUCUGUUGCAGUGCUUUCCUAUACUACAUCGGGACUUUAUACAUCGCUGAUAUACAAGAAUAUGACAACCCCAGUGUAUACAACUUUGAAGGGGAAGGCGACACAAAUUAGCAGCAGCCCAUUCCUGGAUGACUCCUCUGGCUCAGAGGAAGAAGACAGCUCCAGGUCUAGCUCCCGGACAUCCGAGUCAGAUACGCGCAGCAGGAGUGGGCCAGGCAGCCCCAGAGCCAUGAAACGAGGCGUGUCUCUCUCCUCUGUGACUUCUGAAAGUGACUAUGCUAUUCCCCCAGAUGCUUACUCCACAGACACAGAAUACUCACAGCCAGAGCAGAAGCUCCCGAAAACAUGCUCGUCUUCCAGUGAUAAUGGGAAAAAUGAACCACUGGAAAAAUCUGGUUAUUUAUUAAAAAUGAGUGGUAAAGUCAAGACUUGGAAGCGGAGGUGGUUUGUUCUUAAAGGCGGUGAAUUACUUUACUACAAAUCUCCGAGUGAUGUAAUUAGAAAACCCCAGGGCCAUAUUGAACUUAGUGCAUCCUGCAGUAUUUCAAGAGGAGAUAACAAGCAAACAGUUCAGUUGACCACUGAAAAACACACGUACUAUCUGACUGCAGAUUCUCCCAAUAUAUUGGAGGAAUGGAUUAAAGUGUUACAGAAUGUUCUUCGAGUACAAGCUGCCAACCCACUUUUUCUGCAACCUGAGGGCAAACCAACUGUGAAGGGAUUGCUCACCAAGGUAAAACAUGGCUACUCCAAGAGAGUCUGGUGUACACUGAUAGGAAAAACAUUGUAUUAUUUUCGUAGUCAAGAAGAUAAGUUUCCUUUAGGUCAGAUCAAACUCUGGGAGGCUAAAGUUGAAGAGGUUGAUAGAUCCUGUGAUUCAGAUGAAGAUUACGAGGCCAGUGGGCGUAGUCUGUUAUCCACACAUUACACCAUUGUCAUUCACCCCAAAGACCAAGGUCCAACUUAUCUUCUAAUUGGAUCCAAGCAUGAAAAGGACACUUGGCUUUAUCAUCUGACUGUUGCAGCUGGAAGUAACAGUGUAAACGUUGGAUCUGAAUUUGAACAACUUGUUUGCAAAUUGCUAAAUAUAGAAGGAGAACCUUCCUCUCAGAUAUGGAGGCACCCCACUCUGUGUCACAGCAAAGAAGGAAUCAUUUCCCCUCUGACAACACUACCUUCUGAAGCUCUACAGACAGAAGCAAUUAAAUUAUUUAAGACCUGCCAGCUUUUUAUAAAUGCAGCAGUUGACUCCCCUGCGAUUGACUACCACAUAUCUCUAGCCCAGAGUGCUUUACAGAUCUGUCUGACACAUCCUGAGCUACAGAAUGAAAUUUGCUGUCAGCUCGUUAAACAGACAAGACGAAGACAGCCACAGAAUCAACCAGGACCAUUGCAGGGCUGGCAGCUCUUGGCUCUCUGCGUUGGGCUCUUCCUUCCCCAUCAUCCUUUCCUGUGGCUCCUCAGGCUCCACCUAAAAAGGAACGCUGAUUCCAGGACAGAAUUUGGAAAAUAUGCCAUUUACUGCCAGCGAUGUGUAGAAAGAACGCAACAAAAUGGAGAUCGAGAGGCAAGACCCUCAAGAAUGGAAAUUCUUUCAACCCUUCUUCGAAAUCCUUAUCACCAUUCUUUGCCCUUCAGUAUCCCAGUGCACUUCAUGAAUGGAAUAUAUCAGGUAGUUGGAUUUGAUGCAUCCACCACAGUGGAAGAAUUUUUGAAUACUCUGAACCAGGACACUGGAAUGAGGAAGCCAGCACUGUCUGGAUUUGCUUUGUUCACAGAUGAUCCCUCUGGCAGGGAUUUAGAGCAUUGUCUUCAAGGAAACAUCAAGAUUUGUGACAUUAUUUCUAAAUGGGAACAGGCUUCCAAAGAGCAGCAGCCUGGGAAAUGUGAAGGUACAAGAACUGUUCGUCUAACUUAUAAAAGCAGACUGUAUUUCUCAAUGCAAGCUCGUGGAGAGACUGAUAGAGAAAAGCUGCUGUUAAUGUAUCAGACAAAUGAUCAAAUAGUAAAUGGACUAUUUCCUCUGAACAAGGAUCUGGCAUUAGAAAUGGCAGCUCUUUUAGCUCAGGUGGAGAUUGGAGAUUUUGAAAGACCUUUCUCAACUCCAGCAGGGCAUGUUACUAAUCAGUGCAAAGCAAAUCAAACUCUAAAACAAGUCAUAGAGAAAUUUUAUCCUAAAAGGUAUAGAGAUGGCUGUUCUGCAGAACAGUUAAGGCAGCUGUGCCAGCGACUGUCAACGAGAUGGAUGGCUCUUCGGGGACACAGCACUGCUGACUGUGUCCGCAUUUAUUUGACAGUAGCCAGGAAGUGGCCAUUCUUUGGUGCCAAGUUGUUUCUUGCGAAACCCAUAACUCCAUCAUCCCUUGGAACUACUUUCAUGUGGCUGGCUGUACAUGAAGAUGGUUUAAGCAUCUUAGAAUACAACUCCAUGAGGCUAAUAGUCAGCUAUGUGUAUAGGAGUCUAAUGACCUUUGGAGGUUAUCAAGAUGAUUUUAUGGUAGUCAUCAACAAUAUGCAUUUGAAGGACAAACCAACGGAGAAAUUACUUUUUGCAAUGGCAAAACCCAAGAUUCUUGAAAUCACCCUUUUGAUUGCCAGUUACAUAAACAACUUCCAUCAGCAAAAGGCAGCGCUUCACCACCUCUCUGCUCCACCCUCACUCUUGGCCCGGACCCGGGGACCCCAAGCCAGGGCGAUGGGAAGCCAGCCCCUUCUGUCAAGCAGCAGACCGACCAAAGGCCCCACCUUACUCUGA